CGGUCGUCGUCGUAGCCGCUGCUGCCGCUGCUGCUGCUGCUGCUGCUGCUGCUGCUGAGGCUGCUGGCGGAGGCCGGAGGAUCGGGCGGCGGCGGCAGCGGCGGCUGAGAGGGCGGCGGCGGGAGCGGAGCGGGACGAAGGAACGAGAGGAAGCGAGUGGGGAGCGAGCGGAGCACGUCCAGCCCCGCCCGCCCUUCCGCCCGCCAGAGCAGGAGCAGCCCGGGCCCCCAGCUGCCGCCGCCGCCGCCGCCCGCCUGCCAGCCCGCGGGACAAAGCCUGAGAGCCCGCGCCCAGAGCCAUGUCCUCGUCCUCCGGCAGCGGCCACCAGCCCAGCCAGAGCCGUGCCAUCCCCACCCGCACCGUGCCCAUCAGCGACGCCGCGCAGCUACCUCAUGACUAUUGCACCACGCCCGGGGGGACCCUCUUCUCCACCACGCCGGGAGGAACUCGAAUCAUUUAUGAUCGAAAGUUUCUGUUGGAUCGUCGCAACUCUCCCAUGGCUCAGACCCCACCCUGCCAUCUGCCCAACAUCCCAGGAGUCACCAGCCCUGGCACCUUAAUUGAAGACUCCAAAGUAGAAGUAAACAAUUUGAACAACUUGAACAAUCAUGACAGGAAGCAUGCAGUUGGGGAUGAUGCUCAGUUUGAGAUGGACAUCUGACUGUCCUGCGAGGAUCAGAAGAAAAGCAGUAACACCGAUAGCUGUGUGUACAUGAUUUGGCGGAUGGGAUCAACAAUGCAGAGAUGGAAGAGGCAGUACCAGCAGUCCCCGUUGCAGUCUCCACCUCCUCCUGGUGCCAAAGGAUGCGAAGAUAAGCCGCAUCCAGCCAUUUCUUAUCCCUGUUUCCUGUUCCCCUUCUCACUUAGACAGUUAGAUUGAAGGCCCUUGUCAUAUUUCUGUAGAACUAAGCAGCCCACAGAGGAAAACGGUUAAACUCUGGUUCUCUCCCCUGCCCCCAUUUUUUAAAAAAUCCCCAAUCAAAUAUCAACCUACCAAUAAUUGGCUGCUGGGAAGUCUGGGGACGUGAUAGGGAGGUUGGUUGGGUUCCGCAGCAUUCGUAUUCUUACCCUCUCUGUCUCUCCUUGUCUUGCUCAUGGUUCAGUGCUGCAGGAGUCUGGGUUUGGGGUCCUGAAAACCAUUAGAGGGAAAUGGUAAACAGGAAGAGAGCUGCUUUCCCUUUUCCCUUGAAGUGUUUGUCCUUGGGGACAGAGCACUGUUCGUACAACUCUAGUAGCAUUACCCUGUGGCACUGUUUUGAGGUCCACUUCCCCUCCUUCCUCUGGGAGGAAUGUCUUCAGUCUUUAGUAUUAUAAUUCAUCUUCCCAUUCCUUUACUUAGCAUGUUUGUGCAAACAUUUCUUAACUCUGCAUCAGAAGGGAGUCCUCAGUCACCAGCUCUUCCUUCCUCCCCUUCUCCCAUUCUUCCCUGCUUUGUAUCUUGUUGCUUGCAAGUCCUUUUGUACGCUGAGCUAUCCAGCUGGUUUCACCUGCUCCUAAAGCAGGUCCCUACCACGUGACAAGGUGCUUUGGAUAAGGCCAGGAUCGUAUUCUACAGGACGCUACCCUGCAGGGUGAUGACCUUGGAAGAUGUCGCACUGUUUGAGUGCACUCAAACAGUCCAGUGAGCAUUGUGAUAGUUGUUCUCUCUGAUUGCAGUUUCUUAUAUUUUGAACUUAAAGUUGACUUUCAGAGUGUUUGUAGAACAGAGCUAGACUUUUUUCCUUUGUGGACCUGCUUUGUUUGGCUGCUGGGAUAGAUAAGCAUGGGUUAAAAAUGUGUUCUUCCCAAUUUUCCAGCCUUUCCCAUGGUACUCUGAAUUCCUUCCCCCUCCCUCCCUCCCUUUCUCUUUCCCCUUUCUCUGCAAGGCCAUUUUUCAGAUGUACAUCCAGGAUACCUCAAGUGUUGGUAUCUGAUAAUAUCUGGCCCUCCUCUUAUCUGAGGAGUGACCUUUUAUUUUUAAGAUGAGUACAGACCUAUUUUUAGAUAUGUUUUCAGUACAAUUUUGAACAGCAACUUUUUACUUAUACAUCUUCCGGUGUUGGGAAGGUGAGAAAUGUCCAUAGGCGAGUCUGCUGUUCCAUGUCACCUACCUUUGUCUCCCCCAGUCCCUUAUGAGCUCUUUUCUUCUCCCUCAAGUUUUGGGUGUGCAUGUUUGGAGUUUGUAGUGGGUGGUUUGUGAAACUGGACCGUUCUGCCUUCCCUGGGUUGUUCACAGAAGCCUCGUUCUUUUACCCUUUGCUGCUUCCUUCCCCACCAUGAGGUCCUGACUGUUGACUGGCACUGUAAUCCCGGGAGAGUGACUCCCCUUAUAGAAAUAUAAGUAAAAUAGCCACUGGUAUCCUGGGAAUUCCUGGUUGUAUUUGGUGCCCUGAACCCUCUUAUUAAGAGAUCAGAUCCUGGGGUGAGAAUAACAGGCCAGUUGGCUAAUAAAGAAAGCUGUUUGGUUUUCUUUUGAGCUACGAAAAGACCCUGUUUGCAAAUACAUUUUUGCUAAUACAUUCUGCAAAUACAGAAGAGAGGAAGGAUGUCCAAGGAACUUUGUUCUGUUUUCUGCUACAAAAUGUGAAUAGUUCAAAGAGUGAAACCUUUUGUGAUGGUUGAUGUCUCUCAGGAAUAAGCUGGAUCUCCAGUUUUGGAGAUGCUUUCAGUCUCAAAAAUUGAUGAUCAGAAAAGUAUUUUUUGUUUGUUUGUUUAAUGUAUCUCUGUUCUGAUUUUAAUUAAACUACAAAUUUCACUUUACAUACGCUUGGGAAAAACGAAGGUGCAUUGGGAGCUUGAUUCUUCAGGAAUGAAGCUUUCAUUCUUCUCAAACCCCAACCUUGGCACCCUGUGGAAUAUUACCCAGCUACAGCAAGUAGUUGGUCUGUCAGUGAGUGGAAGUGUUUCCCUGGCUUGGUAUUAAUUGCUGCAUAUGAAAAUUCGGCUGGCUCACUGAGCAACAGGGAAUGAAUUGGAAGACCUGCUGACUUGAGUAGGCUCAAGAUGCCAUUUCUCCUUUUUUGCUAUCCUAAGGAAUCUCCGCACAUGGCCCCCUAAUCAGAGAGUAUUUUGGGGGAGCGUCAUCUAUGUCAUAUAGCAGCUGCCAAACCCCUUAGCUGUCUCGGUAAGGACCCUCUUUACUGCUCAGGGCAAUUAAUUGUUCCCCAGAGGCCAUUACUCUGGUGAUUGUUCGGCCUCCAAAAUCUGUGUUUUUUGGGGUUUGUUUGUUUAAAGGUUGCACCUGCGGCAUAUGGAGGUUCCUAGGCUAGGGGUCGAAUCGGAGCUACAGCUGCCUGCCUGUGCCAGAGCCACAGCAGUGCCGGAUCCUCAGCCCCCCAAGUGAGGCCAGGGAUCAAACCCACAGCCUCAAGGUUCCUAGUUGAAUUCGUUUCUGCUGCACCAUGACAGGAUCUCCCAAAAAUCUAUGUUUUAAAGAUAAUUUCACAAGGCAGUAGGUAACACCUGAAAAUUCGGCCUCAUAGAUUCAUUUUCAGGGCAAGCCAGAAUCCAGUAGGUGGUUUACUCCUGGAUGUUUGAGAGGAUCUCACAGUUGAAACCCUAAAUGAACGGUAUACCUGGGCUUUUUCCUGGAGCAGGAAUGCCCUUAAGAUAUCAUUUGUGUGAGACAAUUCUUAAAAUUGUAGUGAUUAUUUGUACUUUUCUUUUUAUGAGAAAACCAUGUUUCCGUACUUCUGGGAUAAUCCAUCUGAAUGCGAAAGGACCCCUUCUCCCUCCAAAUUCCAGCAGGAGACAUGCAUUGUCAUGAUUCUGCCUCCUUCGUGGUGUGAUGUAUUGAGUUCACCAUUUCCCUGUAUUCUGUUUAAAUAGCUGUAGUGUUCUCAAGAGCACGUUGUAGAGAAGCUGGCUUCUAGCUGUUAGGCUUCCAAGCCGAGUUUUAUCUUUUCACCUGUGUAAGUUAUCUAUUGCUAUUUAAUAGAUUACCCCCAAUUAAAAAUCUUAAAAGAGCAAGCAUUAUCAGUCAGUUUCUGUGGUUAGGAGCUGGGAAACAGCCUAGCCUGGUGGUUCUGACACAAAGUCAUAGGAAGUUGUAGUCAAGAGUCCUCAGGGCCUGUAGUCGCCUAGGGCUUGAGAAUCCACUUCUGAGCUCUUCUGACAGUCUCUGAAAGCACACGCCAGCACUCCUUCCUCAUCCUGUCCCUUAACAACAAGCCACUACGCCCAGCCUGCACUCGGGGAGGGGACUACCCCUGCCCUGAUGAAUGGAGCAGGACCAAAGCAUUUGUGGUAGUAUCUUAAAAUGCCUCACCUCCAACAGAGGGCGAACCCAGGUCAGGAGGGGGUAGCUUUAAAUUAGAUGACAUACUGAGAGAGGUACUGUUACUGAAGACAGUUCUCUAAGACAUGAGUUGAAAAACAUAAAAAACAGACUCUCUCCUCAUGGCCACCUGCCAGUUAUGAGGGGGUGGCAAGAAACGGCAAUCCCCAGGAGAAUAUAUCUAUACGUUUGCCUGAUGUAUACUACCAGCAACCCAAGGAUGCAUUGCAAGUCCUUGUUCUGGUAUCUCUAAGACUCGGUACCACUUCCUUGCUGUCCCCUCAGCCAGGUGUUGACAGAGGGAAUUGGAUUCUUCUAAUUGAGCCACUCCAGUGGACUUCAUUGGAGUUAGGGUUGUUAAGCAAAGGGAGCAAACAUGAAUUAGCUCUAGGGUUAUUGGGCUAAGGAAAAGCUAACUGUUCAGAUUCAGGGUGAAGGGGCUCACAGCAUCUGAAAGCCAGGUCCCCAUGAGAGUCAAUCCUUGGCAUCUGCUCUCGAAAACCACACCGGUUGAAGCAGACUUGGGUUGGGUCUCUCACCCGAGAAGCCACUUCUUUCUUAAUAAGAAUGGAACAUCUGGGAAGUAGAAGGUCUGCUUGAUUCUUUAAAUCCGGUGUGCAGCUUAACUCUUCAUGCCCUCCUCAUCCUGGCCUUCGUGAUGGAAAUGGGUUCUUAAAGAGCACCAGUCCUGUCUUCACGCUCAAGGGAAACUUAGAUGAGGCUCAUCAGUUCAACACAUUCUUAGUGAAUGUCUGCUGUGUUUCUGGCACCCAUGCCCAACCAAGUUUAUAAAGUUUCCAGACAUCUUAAGAAUGCAAAUUCUUGUUUGGAUUUAUGUUCCGCCUCUUCCCCGCAUUUUCUUAUCUAUAGCCCUGCUUGCUUUAAAGAGUAUACUUGAAUGAGAAAGCAUUGCUGCUGAGGCAGCUAUUUUUAAAAAGGUACUUCUUCCAGGAGUAAGGAACUUAUCUUUAAAGCACCUUCAAAUGAAUUUUUUCCUUCCGAUAUUGAGAUGGAGUCAAAAUAAAUGGUCUUUGUUUAUGCUGUUUGAGUUACCAGCUCUUUGGGUCUCUCAGACUUCACUCCCCAGUUCAGAUAGUUCCUGCUAGAGGUGUAGGCUCCACUCAGAGGCCAUUGCACAGCCAGUACAUGUUGACUGCCUGCUUGGAUCAAGACACCUCGUGUAAGGUGCUCAUAAAGUGCUCAUCGUGUUGGCAGCAGUAUCCCAGAAACAAUUUUUCCCUCCUCCUCACCUUGGAGGUGUGAUGAGGUGUCAAGUGUCUUGGCUGCUUGAAGCUAGGGGCCCUUAGCCCACUGCACUCCCUUCUAGACAGGAGGCCCAUUGCUUUGCUCUCUGGGUCAGAAUUUCCCCUUCUCGGCAUGUUUCUGGACCACAUGCCUGUGGACAGCUAUUUAUUAACCGCGAAACCCAAUCUCUUACCAACCCAUGACAUCUGGUGGGGGAUAGUAUUUGUUUUAAAGAAGCAUUGUUUCUUUGGGGAGGGGGCAAACUUCUGUCUGGACUUUGAAGGGGACAUAGUUACCAUUCAUUACCACCUACCCCCCAACAACUCUUUUCUUUACCUCCCAGCUUUUAAUAAAAGAUGACAUCAGAUCUUGAGGCAAUUGGGUCACAGUAUUUUAGAAUGCUUAUUCCCCAGGGCAUUUUCUGUUCUAGUCAUAUUUUUCCAGUCGAGUAAUAGAGUUUCUGAGACUAGCUCACCGACGGCGAGGCUAGGGUGAUUGAUACAGUCAUUCGUGUCACCUUUCCCACCCCCCCGGAAUUAAUGUUUCUCUCUCUGACUGGUCUUGGAAGUUGAUACCUUUUGGCAAAGCUUAGCUUUAGGAGAAGUCUUUCAAGCCCUGUUCAGUCGAUCUGUGGUUUCUCCUUGCUUCCUCUGCCAGCAGCUCUGGCCAGCCACACUGUGUGGAUCCCAAGUGGAAAACAGCAGAGAUGAAACACAUUCCUGGGGUAUUUAAACUCUCACUCUGCCACCUUUCCAAGAGUGGGAGGCUGGCAGGGAGAUGCUGCAAUGCUUGAUAAUCAUUUGGCCACAUUGAAAUUUCCAAAGGGAGCUUUUGCUGGUGCUUAAAACCAAAAUUCCUGGACAUGUAAGAUUGAAUGAAUCUAGCACAAAAUAUCCAUUCUUGCCCCAGUGUACCCCCUUCCUCUCUGUCUUAAGCUUAAAAAAAAAAAAAAAAAGAAAAAGCCCAGGCCAAGGGUAAUUUUUACUUGAAACCAGGAGAGUGGGGGAGGAACACUAGAGAUGAGGGGCGAGCUGUGCAGGGAGUCAUCCUGCUCCUGGUGUCUGUUCCAGUCACUGAGGACUGUCAGCCAGUGCCUUUCCUUCGCCUGGAGAUGGAGCCCAUCUCUUUCCACUGGGUGAGGAGACCCUUUCUAACCAGGGGUGACCCUUAAAGAGGGUGUCUGGGAGAGCCCAGAGGACACUCACAUAUUUGGGUGUCUAUUUUAAGCAUCCUUAAAAUAUUUUAUAUAUUUAAAAAAACAAAAAACAAAAAAAACGCUCUUCCCUGUCUUUGUGCCACCCGUGGCCCAGUUCCAUCCACUCUGAAUGGAAAAGCGGAGACUGCCAGUACUUUUCUUGGUCUUCCCUUGGUCUCUUGCUGCGGGUGUCCCAUUCCCCCUCCUGUCCAUCUCCCUGUGGUGGAUGGAGAGCCGAGGACACCAUGCAGUCCUGAGGCAGUCCUAUGUGACUCCAGGAUCAGGUUUUUGUUUUUUGUCUUUUCUGACUGUCCUUCCAAACCAGCAAGUGUUUGGAAACUAGGGGAAAAAAUUAAAUUCUCACCAAUGGUUGCUGUUACAGUUAAAUCAAUAAAGAUCUUGAGUGUCAA